AUCCAACAGGAAUCUUCUGGAAAUGUGACCCUGGAAUUCGCCAACGGUGCAUUUCUCAAAGAAGGAUAUGAAGUAAAAUCUCAGUUCAAGAACGUCUUAGAACAAGACUUCCAAUCCACAGUUGAGUCUGUGCUAUUUUCUGACCCCCCUGCAGCUGCUGAAGAGAUAAAUUCAUGGGUUGCAGAUCACACACACAACAAAAUCCAGGACCUUCUGUCUCCAGCCUUGUUAGAUGCUUCAACCCGUUUGGUCUUGGUCAAUGCCAUCUACUUCAAGGGAUUUUGGAAGACACCUUUCCAAAAGAGGGAUACCAGAAGUGACAAUUUCUUUACUGAACCAAACACAGCAAAACAAGUUUCUACCAUGCAUCUGCAGUUUAAUUUCUUAACAGGAAAUCUUCUAGACUUGAAUUCACGAUGGCUGCAACUUCCAUUCCUGGUAAAUGCUCUCUUAGGAAAAUACGAAUACUUUUUCAUGUUAUAAUAUAUCGAAUAACCCAAAUAUAAGGCAAUUUUUUAAUACUGCUUCAUACAAAAGAGGAGUCGCCUUAAUUUCGGGUACUUAAAAAUAAAUUCGAAGAAGAUAAAUGUGGGGAG